UUCUAUAUUUCGUUCGGCUUUGUUCCUUCCCACCUAAAAUUUUCCAGAGUUCUUCAUCGCUGUUCGACUUUGCUCCUUCGACUACAUUACCUUCCUUACCUUCCUAUUGGAUCGGAAGUUACGACAAUUUUUUUAUCUGAAGCAACAACGGGAGCUCGCUUGCUGUGAAGGAUUAAAUCUAUGUAAUUUAUCCCCAAAUUUUGUACGUGGGAAUUCAUGAUCACGUGGUUGACAUGGUCCUUUCAGCAAUUUAAAGUUCACCUGCAGAAAACGCUGUUGAGUUUGUCGGGUGCUUCAGAGACAUUCCACAUGCUGUUGGUAUAUUAGUUACUUAUCUGAGAUGGCAAGUGAAAAAGAUGGAUCUUGGGUGGAUGGGGGAAGUGCUGCUAACAAUAGUUUUGGUCAAACAUUCAAAUACCUCAUGGCAACCCAGUUUUUGUCAAGAUUAAUUCCAUUUAUCUUCAAUACUUGGAUUGUGCGGCACCUAACUGAAGCUGACUAUGCGCUUUAUGCAGUGAAGUUUCAUCUCUUAACUACAUGUAUCUUGUUUCUAAGUCGGGAGGGGUUUCGCCGUGCUUGUAUGCGGAUAGAUAUUCAAUGUGAUGGGAUGAUGGAUGCAAAUGCAGCAAGAUUGCUGAAAAUAGCUUGGUUGACUAUUCCCCUGGGCAUCCUCUUUACUUCUGCUCUAUGCAGCUUUUUCUUUUGGAUUGAGAAGCUUUCUUUCCAGAAUGCUAUUUCUGAUCCAAAUGCAUUGGCCAUACUGAUAAAUGGAUUUGCUUGUAUAUUGGAGUUAUUGGGAGAACCAUUGUAUAUACUUUCACAGAAUCUGCUUCUUCUAAAAUUAAGGUUGAUGGUUGAAACUGUUGCAACUAUUGCUCGUUGCAUGAUGACCUGCACUCUAAUGUUCCGAAGCACAGGGAUGGAAAUGGCGAUCAUAUUUGCUGUAUCCCAGGUUUCAUAUGGUGCUUGCCUAGCUUUAGGAUAUUGGAUUUAUUUCCUUUCCUUUGGGAUCAUAAGCAGCAGUUUUCUCUUCCCUUUUAGGUUAUGGAACAACCUCGAAUAUGAUAAACAGUUACGUUACAUGUGCCUUUUACUUACUGGUCAGGCAUCAUGGAAAUUGUUACUUCAGGAAGGAGAAAAGAUGGUUCUUCUUUGGUUUGAUUCAUCUUACAAUCAAGCUAUCUAUGGCCUAGUGGACAAAUUAGGAGGUUUGGUUGCGAGAUUGGUUUUUAGUCCAUUUGAAGAAAGCUCAUACACUACAUUUGCAAAGGUGGCAUCAGGAGACUCUCCUCAGAAGAUGAUGCUGUUAGCGAAUUCAUUAACGGAAGCAUUGAAGCUAGUAUCGUUGAUUGGUCUUGCGGCCAUUGCAUUUGGCCCAAGCUACUCAUAUUGUCUCAUCAGACUGCUCUAUGGGAAGAAAUGGAGUGAUGGACAGGCUUCAACUGUGCUGAGUUGCUAUUGUUUUUAUAUCAUUAGUUUAGCUGUGAAUGGUACAUCUGAAUCAUUUUUACACGCUGUUGCCAAUGAAAGUCAACUAAUACAAUCAAAUCUCUCAUUGUUCCUGUUCUCUGGAAUAUAUAUUUUGCUAAAUAUUAUAUUUGUACGAUCUGCUGGAGCAUUUGGCCUAAUCGCCGCCAAUUCAAUAAAUAUGAUUUUGAGAAUUACAUACUCUGCAUUAUUUAUAAGACGUUACUUUAAGGGAUCUUCAUUUUCAUUUCUUAAGAGCUUGCCAUCAGGCUGGAUAGUUCUUCUUCUUUCUGGUGCAGUAACACUCGCAUCUGAGAAACUAGUUCUAGAUAGGGAAAACUUCUGGCAUUCUUUCCUGAUUCAUCUAUCUAUUGGCCUCUUGUGCUUCUGCAUCUCUGCCAUUGUCAUCUAUCGUCGAGAAAGACAAUUUAUCAACAAAAUUAUCCGCAUUCGCAGCCAUAGUGACUGACGUGCAAGCCCUACUUGUUCAUGAAGGUCAGUCCACGUGGCAUCCAGGGAGGCAUAAAUUAUUGCUUUUUUGAUUAAUUUAUUUAUUUGAAGAAUUGUAGGACUCCAGUCUUUCUCAUCAUCUAUUAAAGACAGGCUUUUAUGCUUAGGAUGGGUGUAAUUUUUUAUAAAAGUGAUUGUAAAAGUGCUGUGG